AUGACGGCCAACUCCAGUGCCGGCCCCAGCUCCGGGCUGGGCGACCUCUCCCUGCUCCAGUCCCGGCGGCUCUUCGCCUCCCUCUACUGUCUCAUCUUCCUGCUGGGCAUCCCUGGGACCCUCCUGCUGCUCCUGGUCCUGAUCCCAGACCUCCUGAGACCUGGGGCCAGCCACGUCUCCCGCCUGACCGGGCCCCUGCUGGUCAACAUUGCCCUCCUGGACCUGCUCCUCUUCCUCUACAACGUCCCGGUGACGUUGGGCAACGUGCUGUUCCAGGGCUGGCCCUGGGGCUACGUGGUGUGUGUCACCUACAACAGCCUGUCCCUCACCAUCGUCUUUGCCGACUUCUACAGCCUGCUGGCGGUCUCCCUGCUGCGCUACGUGGCGGUGCUCCGCCCCACGUGCACCCUGGCUGCCUCCCCGCGGCACAGCGCCGGGGUCUGCGUGUCCACAUGGGCGCUCGGCUCCCUCGUCUCUGUCCCCCUGUGGAUUCACUACACAACGGUGCAGGUGGAGGGGGAGACGUACUGCGUGAACCAAAUGCCCAGGCAGCAGCUGGCUCUGUACUUCCGGCUCCUGGGGGGAGCGGCGUUCCUCCCCCCCAUGCUCCUCAUGAUCCUCUGCUACGCCAGGAUUGUCUGCGCCCUGUGGGUCAGGAGGGCCCUGGCCAGCCACACGGCCUCCAGCCUCCAGAGCAACAGGCGCGCCACAGUCAUGGCUCUGGUCACCAUGGUGACCUUCGUGGCUAUGUGGGUCCCCUACUGGCUGGUGGACUUCCUCACGAAGGACGAUGAGUUGACCCGCACAGGCCCCAUGUACCUGGCAUCCAACCUGACCACCCUGCUGGCCUAUGCCAACCGCUGCAUCAACCCCCUCAUCAGCUUCAGCUUCUCCAGCCACUGCCAGGCCGGGCUGAGGAAGCUGCUGAGCUGCCGGGCACACAGGUGCUCCAUGGGCAGGCUCGGCUGGUGGACUUCCUCACGAAGGACGAUGAGUUGA